AUGAGUUUAAGUUUCCAUUUCUAUAUCUUGGUUUUGUAUUUAUGCAUUAUCAUCCCAACCCAAUGCCUUGGUAGCAUCUGCCUGCCAAAGGAACAUGUUGCCUUAUUCAUUUUCGGGGAUUCAAUACUUGAUGCUGGAAACAACAAUUAUAUCAAUACCACUACUGAUCUCAAGGCAAAUUUCUGGCCUUAUGGGGAGACAUUCUUUAAGUAUUCCACUGGGAGACCUGAUGAUGGCCGUCUAAUUCCAGAUUUCAUUGCUGAGUAUGCAAACUUGCCGCUAAUUCCUCCAUAUCUACAUCCUGGUUAUAAUCGGUACAUUGAUGGGGCUAACUUCGCAUCAGCAGGAUCUGGUGCUCUUGAUGAAACUCGUCCAGGAUUGGUGAUAGACCUAAACACUCAACUUAAUUAUUUCAAGAACAUGGAGACUCUGUUGAGGCAAAAAAUAGGUGAAAAAGAAGCCAAAGAGAUGUUGUUCAAAGCUGUUUACUUAUUUAGCGUUGGAAACAACGAUUAUAAUAUCCUCUUUUCCACAAACUCCAGUGUGCUUCAAUCCUACUCUCGAGAAGAAUACGUAAAUAUGGUAAUUGGUAACUUGGCAAUUGUGAUCAAGGAAAUAUAUAAGAAAGGAGGAAGAAAACAUGUGUUCUUAAAUCUGCCCCCUUUGGGUUGUCUCCCGCUUGUGAAAGCAAUGACACCAGAAAAAGCCAAUCCAUGCGUGGAGGAAGUAACGUCAAUUACGAAACUACACAAUGAAGCACUUCCUAAAGCCCUUAAGAAGCUAGAGAGUGAACUGAAAGGACUCAAAUAUUCAAUAGCCGAUUUCUACACUUUUCUUAGUGAAAGAAUAGAUAAUCCUUCAAAAUAUGGUUUUAAAGAAGGGAAGAUUGCAUGUUGUGGAACUGGUCCAUAUAAUGGAAUUUAUAGUUGCGGAGGAAAGAGAGCAGAUGGUCCAAAGUACGAAUUAUGUAGGAACAUUAGUGACUAUGUGUUCUUUGAUGCUCCUCAUCCUUCCGAAAAAGCCUACCAGCAAUUCGCAGAGCUGAUUUGGAGUGGAAGUCCCAAUGUCAUACGACCUCAUAGUCUCAAAGAGUUGUUUGAUCACUGA